AUGAAAGGUGAUGGAUCUACCUGCAGUUUAUGUGGGAAAGUCUGCAGAGGCGUUAUCUAUAAGUGCAACAUUUGCUACUUUCGCCUUCACAAAUCCUGCUUGGACAACUUACCACACUCUCUCCAGUCCUUCUUUCACCCUUGUCCUCUUGUCCUCCACAGAACUUCAUUGCCUUACCGAUGUGAAGCUUGUAGGGAAAGGCGUUCAGGCAUGAGCUUCAGCUGUCGCAAAUGUGGGUUCGACAUGGAACCUAUCUGUGCUCUAGCAUCCAUCAAGAUGUCUGAAACCGGUAUCGAUGGCAAGCUUCAACAUUUUAGCCAUGGACAUCCAUUGAAGCUCAUCCAGGAGGAUGCCAACAACUGCUGCAAGGCAUGUGGAAAGAUCUGCUUUGGCCCAACUUAUAAGUGUGCAGGCAACUCAUUCUACAGCUACACAUGUAAAUUCUUUUUACACAAAUCUUGCGCCGAUCUGUUACCUGAAAUCCAACAUCCUUUCCACCCAAAACAUACCCUUUCCCUCCAGGCUAAGCUGCCCGAAUCAGUACCUGCAUCGUCUGGUUGCAGUGCUUGUGGGCAAGAAAGCUCAGGCUUCAUCUACUUUUGUGCUAAAUGUACAUUCUACAUGGAUGUGAACUGUGCCUCCUUGACACCCUCCAUAAAAUACAAUCAGCACAAGCACCUUCUCACCCUCUUUGAUGAAGCAGAAAGCUGUUUUGACUGUAACUUGUGUGGGAAGACAUGCAGGGGCUCCUUCCUGCGAUGUGUGGAGUGUAAAUUCAAUCUCCAUGUGCACUGUCAUCCCUCACUGCCGCUAACAAUCAAUCAUGAAUGUCAUGUAGAUCCACUGACGUUUACCAAAUUGCUAGUCCAAGAUGAUUUCUACGAGGCUAAUGAGUUUUACUGUGAUGUUUGUGAGGAGAAGAGGAAUCCAGAGGCUUCAGUUUACUAUUGUGCAGAAUGUGAUUAUGUUGCUCAUGUCCGAUGUGUGAUCUCUGAGGUCUUUUCUGAGGAAGCGAGGAUUGAUGCAAAUAGUUUUAGGUCAGACACCAGGAUUACAGAAUUAGACAAUGAGAUAACAAAGCUUUAUAGAGAGAUGAAGGUGUUAAAAGAAGAAGCAACAAGAGUAAAAGCAAGGAUGGAAGCAAUAACAGCAGAUUUAAAAGGCCUGUAA